AUGACCGCACCUAUUCCCCGGGGCCUGAAACAGGUCCUCCAAAAAUCCCCCUCAGAUAUAGUCAUCCUCUCAUCUGUGCGCACAGCAGUUACGCGCGCCAAAAAGGGCGGCUUCAAAGACGCCUAUCCCGAAGAACUACUCGCACAUGUCCUCAAAGCAACAUUAGCAGCAAAUCCGAACCUAGACCCAAAACUCAUCGAUGAUGUAGCCAUUGGAUCUGUGUUGCAAGAACUCGGUGGCGCGAAAGCUGGUCGUAUGGCGCAGAUUCAUGCUGGAUUUCCGCAUUCUGUUCCGUUUCAUACGAUUAAUAGACAGUGCUCGUCUGGGUUGGCAGCUAUUACGACUAUUGCGAAUGGGAUUCGGGCCGGGGCUAUUGACGUUGGUGUUGGUGGUGGGAUGGAGUCGAUGACUCGAAAUUAUGGAUCAAGGGCGAUUCCGACUGUUUUGUGGCCUGAGUUGAAAGAAUCGCCUUCUCAGGAUGCGAGGGAUUGUAUCAUGCCUAUGGGCUUGACAUCAGAGAAUGUCGCUAGUCGAUAUGGUAUCUCCAGAGCAGACCAAGAUGCCUUUGCCGCUGACUCGCAUAAAAAGGCCGCCGCGGCACAAACUUCUGGUCUGUUCGAUGAUGAGAUUGUCUCCGUCCCCACGAAAUUCUUCGAUGCUGAACAUCCGGGUGCACCUCCACGAGAUAUCACAGUCACCAAAGAUGACGGUAUUCGGCCAACCAUAUCCGUUGAAAAGAUGGCCACACUCAAGCCUGCAUUCAAAGAAAACGGCACCAGUACAGCGGGAAAUAGUUCGCAGGUCAGCGACGGUGCAGCAGCGGCACUUCUCAUGCGUCGCUCAACAGCUACCGAGCUUGGUCUCUCAUCCUCCAUUAAGGGGCGCUGGGUAGCCACAGCAGUUGCUGGUGUAGCUCCCGAUGAGAUGGGCGUUGGUCCGGCGGUAGCAAUUCCCAAGCUCCUCGCUCAGACUGGAUUGCAAGUUUCAGAUGUUGGAAUAUGGGAACUCAAUGAAGCCUUUGCUUCACAGGCAUUGUACUGUGUUCGCAAAUUGGGUAUCGACGAGGCUAAGGUUAAUCCCAAAGGUGGUGCUAUUGCCAUCGGUCAUCCGUUGGGUGCUACGGGUGCUAGACAGGUGGCUACAUUGUUGCCUGAGUUGGCAAGGACAGGGCAGGAUAUUGGCAUUGUUAGUAUGUGUAUUGGAACGGGGAUGGGGAUGGCUGGAUUGUUCGAACAAGUCAUCAAGAUGUCUAAAAAGAAAGCCAAAUUCAGAGUUAACAAAGAAUUCCUACAGACACUGCUCAGUCUCCUAGAGCUUUCCAAUGCUCCCUCUAGCUGCAAUGACGCAGCAGAUGCCGUGUUCGGCGCGAUCGACUUUGAAAAUGCAGAUAACAUCAUAAAAGGGAAUUCUUCAGAAGUAGGGAGCCAAAUCGGUCUUGCUAUUAUGGAUACUAAGCAUCAGAAAAACGUUUAG